AUGGGAAAUCGGGUAAAAUAUGGUAAUAAACCAUUGCAUUAUAAUCAGACUUAUGGAUGUUAUUGGUAUGAUAACUCUAUUGCUAAACUUAGUCCAAUUAAAAACGCAUCUACAUCUCAAGAUUUUCUACAUGACGAUUACGACGGUUCUCCAUUUUCAGUAGAUGAAUAUGAA